UCUUCGACUCUUCUUGAUCGUCUCCCACAAGCUCCCGCGAUCCACACCGAUUCACUUCGCCACUCCACUCCAAGUCACACACUCGCCACACGAGCCCAUGGCCUUGGCGACGCCGCUCCGCCACCUCCUCCCCGUGGCGGCGGCGCCGUCCACGGCCCCCGACCCCGCCGGGCCCUCCCUGACCACCCGCCGCGCCCUCUCGCCCCGCGGACCCACCUCCGCUUCAGCCUCGCCGCGUCCCCGUCCCCCGACCCCAGGCCCAGGCCCAGGUCCGCCGUGACGGCGGCGGCGUCCGCGGCGGCCGGGCGGCCGACGGUGCUUGUCACGGAGAAGCUGGGCCCCGCCGGGCUGGACCUGCUGCGCGCGUUCGCGAACGUGGACUGCUCCUACGAGCUCACGGCGGAGGAGCUCCGCGCCAAGGUCUCGCUCGUCGACGCGCUGGUGGUGCGCAGCGGGACGCGCGUCACGCGGGAGGUGUUCGAGGCCGCGCGCGGCAGGCUCCGGGUCGUCGGCCGCGCCGGCAGAGGCGGAGCUUCGUGAGGGCCAACGAGGUCCAUGG